GUCGCGUCAGUCGGGUUUCUUCGCUUGCCGGUGUCGGGUGUGCGCAUUUUCGACUCGAUUUUACGUAGCUAAAUAAAUAUUUAGUUGGUGUUUUAUUAAAAGCAAAGCUUUAGCGUUACGUAUUUAGUAUAUAAAUAGCACGAGAAAGCUACUAUAAGUGCUUCAAUUAAUUAAGGUUCUGUGUUUUGUAGAUAAUAAGUAGGAACUAUAUUUACCGAUUAUUUCAAUCGUCAUGGCCAAAGCUGAGAAGUCGUUUCCGAGAAACUUUACGGGUUGUCUAACAUGCGUCCAAGUGCUGAACAUAAUGGUGCUGCUGGGUUUCAUGCUCAACUACUCCCUCCGCGUCAACCUAACUAUCGCCAUCGUGGAGAUGGUGUUCAAAGACACCAACACUACCACAGACGUACUGCACCCACACAAUGUUACAGAGCACCCAGAAACCAUUCAGCAAACGAGAUACGCAUGGGACACGAAACAGACAAACAAUCUACUGGGGUGCUUCUUCUUCGGAUACAUAAUGACAGAGGUGCCGGGUGGGCGACUCGCUGAGGUCAUAGGUGCAAGGCGGGUCUUCGGCUACAGCACCCUCAUCGCCAGUGUCCUCACACUUCUCUCCCCCGCCGCAGCAGCCGCUGGUUACUACUGGCUGAUCGCGCUGCGAGUGGCCCUGGGUUUCCUGCUUGGAGCGACAUGGCCUGCUAUACUGCCCAUGGCAUCCAAGUGGAUCCCGCCGAUGGACAGAUCUAAAUUCAUGUCCAAUAUGAUGGCUUCAUCCCUUGGCGCAGCCAUCACUAUGCCCAUAUGUGGGUUCCUGAUUUCACACUUCGGGUGGGAGUCUGCCUUCUACUUCACAGGUAUAAUCGGCGUGAUGUGGUCUGUGGCGUGGUUCGCGAUGGUGUACGAUUCCCCCGCGCAGCACCCUCGCAUCUCGGAGACGGAACGCAACUACCUGCUGAAGGCCCUGCCCCAGGAUAAUGAUAAAGUGCACGUGCCAGUACCGUGGCGCAGCAUGCUGCUCUCAGCUCCAGUAUGGGCCAUCGUGCUCACUCACGGCGCCUCCGUCUUCGGCUACUUCACCGUCGUCAACCAGCUCCCCACAUACGUGAAUACCAUCCUGCACUAUGAUAUUAAGCACAACGGUCUACUCUCCUCUCUCCCGUACCUGGGCAAGUACCUGUGCGCGCUGGCGUCGUCGGUGCUGGCGGACUCGCUGCGCCGCACCGGCACCCUCACCACCACCACCGCCAGGAAGCUGUUCACCGGCCUCGCCGUGGGCCUGCCAGGUCUGCUGAUGCUGGCUGAGGCGUUCUUCGGCCACGACCGCAUCUGGUCGAUCGCGAUCUUCACGCUGGCGCUGACCAUCAACGGCGCCGUCACCGCCGGCUACCUCGGCAACGGCCUCGACAUCGCGCCACGGUUCAGCGGGACGAUAUUCGGUAUAGCGAACACGCUUUCGUCUCUCGGCGGCUGGCUGUCCACGUACAUGGUCGGCGAGCUCACACAUGGACGGAACACAUACGAACAGUGGCAGAUAGUGUUCUUCAUACUGGCUGCGACUUACGCGUUCGGUGCUGUAGUCUUCGUGUUGUUCGGCUCCGGCGAGCUGCAGCCAUGGGCCUCCGCCCCGCCGCCGCCGCAGCCCGAGGCGGAGCCCCUCAAGGAGGAGAAGGCCUCCGCUUAGACGAGGAUGGAGUAAGUCUCGGACAGAGCCGCAGCGUAGCGGGCCAUAUUUUUAUUUGUGAUAGAUAUGUAUGAAGAUGCGGCUCGCUGUAAUGUGUGCAUAUUACACGAUCACAUUCUCUAUGCUUGUAUCUCUCGAUUACUGAGUGAAUACUCAAAUCGUUCUUAGGUGUUUAAGAGCUGCUCAAACAUCGAUUCAAAGGUUUGUAACAUAAUAUGAUGUGUAUUCUGCUCUUAGUGUCUAAACACACUAG